AUGCCACCAAACAAAGGACAAGACAACAAGAAGCCUGCUCAAACACCUCAGAGCAACACAUUGACGCCUACCGAAGUUUACGACGAGGGAGAGAACGACUUCAGCAUUAAUGUCUAUGCCAGUCUCAUGGAAGACGACAUCACCACAGGCAUAGAAGAAAAGCAUGUACCCAGUAUACUCAAGGGGUGUGCCAUUAGCGACAACGAUCUACUUGAUGACCUGAGCCCCACCGACAUCGAGGCGCUUGUCCAGCGGCUUCUCCCUGGCAUUUGCCAGCAAGAUGUCCAAGACUUUUUAGCCCAGAUUACUACACACAAUUCGCCGCCCUUUACUAUACCACGCCACGAGCGCGAACCUAAGAGCUGGCCCUCAACGUACGAAGAGUCGGACCUGUUGUGGGAAGAGGGAGCCAAGGCUGAGCGAGCAAUCAAGCUGCCUGUCGGGACCAAUAUGCCGAAGUGGUUGGACAUGGCAGAGGAUCAGCUAGUCAAGUACACGGGGAGCAUCCAAGACAGCCUGGUCGUAGUGUCAUCAUACCCAACAGCGAAAGAUGGCAGUACGGUGCACGCCUCCUACGGCACGACGAUGGACCUAUCUAAUCAGUGUAUGAAUAUGCUCUAUUCAAAGUUGGGGCUGCACCUGAAGUCCGUCCGACCGACCGGCGCCCUCCACGUCGACGUAUUCCCCCGUCGCAUCAACCGAGACAACAUCGACGGGCUAGGCAACGUUGUCGACGAGAUCCCCACCAACCUGAGAUUGUUCUGGCAAUCGCAGGCAAAGAUCGCCCUACUUGUCGGAGCAGCUGCAGUCACUAUCUAUCUGUCCUACCUAGACGCGAACCAUGUUCAGCACCAACAAAUAUGGUUGGCUGGUGGCAACAAUGAGUACCAAUCAAGCAAGACGCCACCGUGUUGGAUCGAGUACGACAAGGACAACAAUAUCAAGCGCAUCGCGUUCUCAGUCCCGCACCCGGAGUAUUUUAACCGCUACCACGGCACUGUAGUCACUCAUACGAUGAGAGCCAAUGCGCUUAAAGAGCGUUGGAUUGACUACGCGAUGGUGAAGGUCUGGGGCACGGCACAUCUGCAAGGCUUCCUCAGCUCAACAAAGUACCGCUUUCAGACCACAACGGGUAUUAUUCUGCGCAUGUCUGACUUCGAGAACUACGGCGCAGAUAGCACCACUCUUCGCACGAUUCUCAGUAUCCCCAACUUAAGCAACGCCACUCUUAACGUCCUCCUUACCGGCUACAAGAAGAUAAGCAAAGAGGAGGUUGAAGGGAUCAAGGCGAUGCGGAAGACCAUGGAGGUCGAACUCACGGAGAAGCCAUCAUACUGGGAUAGAGCCGAAGUCAUCGACCGAUACGGCAAUCAUGCGUUGACUUUCAGAUUGAUCGCAGAGCGGCGGGAGGGGCCGAGGCAAUCUACCAAGCCCAAACCGCAACCCCUUGCGUUAUCGCUAUAUGAGAUUGAAGGAAACCCCUUCCUCACACGAUAUAACACCACGGUCGCGGACCCUCUCGCGAAGGAAGAGACCAAGAAGCAGAAAGCGUGCGAGCGGAGGAGGAAGAGGAGAGCAGUUGAGAUGGAGGGCGAGGACAAAGAGAACGUCGAGGACGAGUGGUGCGAAGGUGAUAAUUCAUAG